AUGUCGCCAACUCCCUUCCUCCGCCUCCUCCGCCUCUCAAACAUAACACGCACACGCGCCUCCCUCCCCCGCACACUCCUCUCUCAUCACACCCCCAAUACCACCCGCCCCUUCACCAACACGCCCACAUCUCUACUCCCCCGCAAAGACUCCCAACACAAAGACAGCAUCGACACGACGGCAACCGAAUACUCCAAAUCCGGGAGUGACGAUGCGGCCGCGCGCGAAGAAUCCGCCGCAUUCGAUCCGUCGAUUACUUCUCCUGAGUCUGAGAAAUCUGAAGCGGGGAAAGGGGGGGGUGGCAACCCGUUGGAUGUGAGUCCGGCGAAUCAGGAGGUGAGUAAGCCGAGGGGGGAACAGGAGGGAGGGGCGGAGAGGAGUCCCGGGGAUAAGAAUGUGAGUGGGAGGAAGGGGAGUGGGUUUGGGGGGAAGUAG